AUGAUAAAGGAACACAUGAUUGACGUGGUCCGAUUAAUGGUGCAAUCGAUGGAUGAUGGGGAAAUAAGUGUAUCAGCUUAUGAUACAGCUUGGGUUGCUCUUGUGAAAAACAUCAAUAAUAAUCCUCAAUUCCCUUCAUGUAUUGAAUGGAUUGCCAACAAUCAACUUGUUGAUGGCUCUUGGGGUGACAAAUUCAUAUUUUUGGCUCAUGAUCGUAUCAUCAACACAUUGGCAUGUAUUAUUGCCUUGAAAUCUUGGAAUGUGCAUCACCACAAAAGUGAACUAGGAAUGUCAUUUAUCAAAGAGAAUUUAAGCAAGAUUGCAGAUGAAAAUGUUGAGCAUAUGCCAAUCGGAUUUGAAGUGGCAUUUCCUUCACUUAUUGAGAUUGGAAGAAAUAUCGGCAUUCAUAUUCCGGAUGAUUCUCGUGUUUUGAGAGACAUAUAUGACAAAAGAAAUCUAAAACUCACAAGAGUGCCGAGAGACAAAAUGCACAAAGUGCCGACACCGUUACUCUUCAGUUUGGAAGGGAUGCCAGAUUUGGAGUGGCAAAAGCUACUUCUCUUGCAGUGUGCUGAUGGUUCUUUCCUCUUUUCUCCAUCCUCCACUGCCUUUGCAUUUAUGCAGACUAGAGAUCAUAAUUCUCUCAAUUAUCUCACCAACAUUGUUCACAAAUUCAAUGGCGGAGUUCCAAAUGUAUAUCCGGUGGACUUAUUUGAGCACAUUUGGAUUGUUGAUCGAUUGCAAAGACUUGGAAUUUCUCGGUAUUUUGAGGCAGAAAUUAAAGAAUGUGUCGAUUAUGUCAAUAGAUAUUGGACAAAUGAAGGUAUCUGCUGGGCUAGAAAUUACAGAUUUCAAGACAUUGAUGUCACGGCCAUGGGUUUUAGACUUUUAAGGUUGCAUGGCUACGUCGUUUCUACUGAUGCAUUCAAAAUCUUUGAGAGCAAGGGUGAAUUCUUUUGCGUGGCGGGACAAACAAGUCAGGCUGUGACUGGAAUGUAUAAUUUAUUUAGAGCUUCACAGUUAAUGUUUCCUAAAGAGAAGAUACUUGAUGAUGCAAAGAAAUUCUCCUCCAAUUUCUUGCAAGAAAAACGUGUUCAAAAUCAACUUAUAGACAAAUGGAUCAUCACCAAAGAUCUCCCUGGAGAGGUAGGGUAUGCAUUAGACGUACCGUGGUAUGCCAAUUUGCCUCGCUUAGAAACAAGGUUCUUUCUCGAACAAUAUGGUGGUGAAGACGAUGUGUGGAUUGGCAAAACUUUAUACAGGAUGCCCUUAAUCAAUAAUAACACAUAUUUGGAGCUGGCAAAAUUGGAUUACAACCAAUGCCAAGCACUGCAUCAGCUUGAGUGGAAAAGCAUUCUCCAGUGGUACAAAGAAUGUAGAUUAUUAGAGUUUGGAUUGAGCGAAAGAAACUUAUUGGUGAGGUAUUAUUUGGCGAUGGGAAGUGUAUUUGAACCAGAAAGGUACAGAGAGCGACUGGUUUGGGCCAAAGUUGCUGCUAUUAUGGAGACUAUUCAAUGCCUCAAUUCUAAUGCUAAGUGA